AGAGGGAAAGUAAUGUGGGGAUUAUGUUUAAAACAAUGUCAAUCAACAGAGCCAUAGCUGAGCCCAUUCUACUGGAUUCCAAUCUAUAUAGAGUCCAAUCUAUAUCCUCACAACAAUUUCACUGAGACAGGACCCAGGAGACCAUGGGCACCUCCAGGCUCUAUACGCUCGUGCUGGUGCUACAGCCUCAUCGAGUUCUGCUGGGCAUGAAGAAGAGGGGCUUUGGUGCUGGCCGCUGGAAUGGCUUCGGGGGCAAAGUGCAGGAAGGAGAGUCCAUUGAGGAUGGGGCUAAGAGGGAGCUGCAGGAAGAGAGUGGCCUGACAGUAGAUGCAUUGCACAAAGUGGGCCACAUCUCAUUUGAGUUUGUGGGUUCCCCCGAGCUGAUGGAGGUGCAUAUCUUCUCUACUGACCAUGUGCAUGGGACGCCCACAGAGAGUGAUGAAAUGCGCCCUCAGUGGUUCCAACUGGACCAGAUUCCCUUUGCAGACAUGUGGCCUGAUGACAGCUACUGGUUCCCACUCCUGCUUCAGAAGAAGAAGUUCUGUGGGUACUUCAAGUUCCAGGAUCAGGACACCAUCCUUGACUACUCCCUUCGUGAGGUGGAUGAAUUCUAAUACAGAUGUCUGGUGGGUUCUAGCCACACUCAGGUUGCUACACAGCCACAAGUUGUCAGCCCAAGGCCACCACAAGGAGGGGCUGGUAUUUUCUGUUUGCAAAGUGUUGGGGUCGGAAAUGUGAAAUGUCACUGAGGCAGAGUAAUGAAAAGGGAACUAAGUCACUCAGGAUCACAGAGCUGUGGGGUGGGCCCUAAGGUUUUAUGGGUAGGUCCUACUUCCUGUCUGCUCUCUGCUUCUUCAUGAUGUGACCAUCUCAUACUCCUACCACUGCCAUGAUGGACUGCAUCCCCUCGAUUGAUCUAUGAUUGAUCCAAAAUAAACUUUUGCUCCCCUAAGUUGCUAUGU